UUUCACUCUUCUGCAUAAUCUCCAACUUCAAAAACCAACCUUCUUUCUUGCUACUUGCUAACAAUUAUAUCUUUCAGUGAAGAUGAUAAAGUCUGUUACUCUUCGACCGUUUCCUCUCCCUAUAGAGUUUCACGGCAAGCCUAAGUUCGUCCAAACGUCGAAGUCUUGUUUCCCGGUGGUCAGGUGUUCAAGCACGAGAGACGUUCCUAAGCUUGAGCUCUUCAGCCGCGGACAGUUCGACCGUGUUCUUCAAGAUCCCCCAUUAAUAGAAAAAACCGAGACCGAACUCUCAGAUUACUGUUGUAAACUCGAAGGUGAUGACUCUUACAGCUGCUGGAGAGCUUACUUUGAACUCAAGGACCUUGAGAAAGAGAAGCCAAAGGUGGAAGUUGAGAAUCUAAUCUUGCAAGCAGGCGGUGUGAAAUCGCUAAUCGGGUGUUUACAUGGAAUUUCUUCGAUGGAGAAGGAAAGCAAAACCAAGAAUGGUUUAGAGGUUAGAGAGGAAUCAGAUACAGAUGCGACGAAACUUCACGUUCAUGUUCCUGAUGGUUUACCAAAAUCUCAACAAGAAUUGGAAGAAGAAGAGAAAUCAAGAAUGCCAGAUUCUGCUUUCACAAGAUUGCUUAGAGCCAAAGGAACCAUCCCUGCUUGGUUCUCUCACCCUCCGGACCACGAAACAGACUGAAGAAUCCAUCUCACACAGUUUUACUUCUAUGUACAUAUAAUUAUUGUAAUAUAUCUGUUUUUGUAAUAUAUCUUCAUAAUGCCUAUAAAAUAUAGUUGUCAA